AUGAUGGAUAAUUGUAAAGAUGACAACAGUUUGCAAACUUUGUUUGAAGACAACAGUUUGAAGAUUGAAACCACUGAUCAUAAAGUUAAUGACAUUUCGUCAUUAAAUAAUGAAAACAAUGAUUGUUUGGAUCAAAUGGAUGUCAAAAUUAAACCUAAAGUAAGACAUAAUUCACAAAUAUUGUCUCAACAAUUGGUGACCAAUCGUAUGGACAACUGGAAGGGCUCACCAGUUGUUAAUUACAAGACAUUUAGGAAGUGUCACCAAAACUCAUCACAAACUUUUAAACAGGAAGAAUGUAUUCGCGUGAAGAAAAUCUGCAAUAAUUAUAACAUAUCUUUUGAUGAAAAUAAUUGCAAUGAAGACAUCGAUACAGAAAAAGGUGUUAAAAGGAAACUCGAGUCCGAAGACAACAUCGAUAAGAAGGCAUGUCUUUCGAUGGAUUAA